AUGUAUGACCAAAGCACCCAAGAUAAUAGUCAUUACAAGAAGAAGACAAUAGAAAGCUUGAGACUAGAUAGAUUUUCGGAUUCUUUCCUUCACAAUAAAAACAAAUAUUACCAUCCUAAAAGAGGGUUAAACUAUUCGCCUUCAAAUCUGGUAUUCAUAGAUGAGAAGCCUACCAAAGGAAAGAGGAUCCAAUCAGGCAAUCUUCGUUAUAGGAGGUCAACCAAGCCUGCUGUAGAAUUUGGUGAGAGAGAAAAGCUAGACAAUCGCUUUAUGCAUAUCUCAUCAAGUAUGAAGCACACAGGAGAUAUAAUUCGAAGUGAAAACAUUAGUCCAGAGUGAUUACAAAUAGGAUCUAUUACUAUAAACAGGAUAAACAGGAGCAAAAUUUAUGAAGAUUCUUCCUUUCGCUCUCCUAAAAUUACACCUACGAUUUCAAAAUGAGUACCAAAUAAGAAAUCUCAAAAUAUGGAAUACUGAUAUCGGCUAGUUCAAGAGCCAGACAUCCCAAAUCUCAAGACUACUAAAAGGGUGCAAUCUAAGAGAAACAAGAGGAGGAAAUAACAAUAAAUAUCUACUGACUAAUAAUAACGAGAAUAUCAAAGAAAGGCUUCUGAGCGCACAUACAUUCAAACUUACUGGCCUAAACCCCUCUCAAAAGUCAAGUGAAGUUCAUGAGCUCUCUGAAAAAGAAGAACUCUCAGAGCCAUCAAUCGACAACCAGGACAUUCCUGAUUUCAAGCUAGAUGACCCAAAUAAAGCAGAUUUUCUUUCUCCUGAUGAAAGAGACCAGCUUGAUGCUGAGAUUAUAAAUGAAAUUAAAAGUAACAGAGCCCUUAAGAGACCUUACAUUGAAGGCAUCUCUACAGCAUCAUACUUCUUGUCAGGAACCCAUACAAAGUUAAUGGAGAGCAUCAAUGAAGAAUUACAACAAAAGCAGCCUGAAAAACAAAAACCGAAGACGAGACAUCCUUCCACAAAGCAGCCUCGGAAAUAUAGCAAGAUUGGGUUCUUCCAGAUGGAGCUGAAUGACUUGGUCAGACAUGAGAAAGGGAUCCUUAACUUAUACAAAAAUGAUGAAGUGCCAGCUAGUCUUAAAAAAAGCAUCAAUAAUCCAAAGUCUAUCUUCAAAAUCAACUUGACAAAGGAAGAUUAUUCAGGAAUAUUCGACAAGGACUCUAGCUUCUAUGAAAAACAAGCCUUUGCUGCCAUCUUUAGGAAAAAGUGGAAGAAAGACCAAGGCUACUGAAGUCUCUUUGAUAAGAGGAAGAAAUUCAUAGUGGAUAAAGCUAUUUCAAAUGUUAAACAAGCAAACUUUCAGACUCAAUCACCGAAUGGUAGAGUUAUAAGGAAGAAAGGGGCCUUGCACACUAAAAUCCUUGGAAGACGCACUUUGAAAAAAGGAUUCAGAACUAAAUAAAUUGAAAAUUAAGAAGCCAAAGAAAAUACAAAAGAAGUUAAACCAAAGCCAGACCCAGAAGUUUACAUCGGAAUUUGUGAACAAUAAUAGUACCAGGAACAGCAGGGUCAGAGUGUUCAAGAAGAUAUCAACAUCAAUCAGGGCUAUAUCCUCAGCUAAUGCUUCUCCAUCUGCAGGAAGGCAGAAAAUGAGCUUACAGACGGCAUCAAAUGGAAUAUUCAGCGAGUUGUAAUAUCAGUAUA